GUCAGGAGAAGCAGCACUCAAGCGACGGUAAGAAUGUUUGGACCUGCAGGAGAUGAUAAGAAUCUUGUACUUACUAUGUAAGUAUUCCAAGUCACCUGGUGAAGAAAAAGCCCAAAAAACAAACGGAUCCAAAGGCAAAGAGACUUUGUCAUAGGGAGUGCCUUCGUCUUGGUGGAUCAUUUGAAUGCUGGAAGACGUGAAGCAUGGAACGUUGCAAGAGAAGCACGAAGGUGCUCUAUGUCAUGACCCUGUUGUCGGGGUUGCUGGAGUGUAUGUUCUUUGCAGGCAUCGUCUUUGGUUUUGCCUCCUUGGUGUUUGUGUUGAAGGAGGAAGGAUACUUCAGUCAGCUGUGUAGUAGUUCUCCAGGGACCAACUGGACAGACAUUGUUCAAGACUGCAGUGGUCAGGAUGAGAAGUUCGCACUGGUCUUCACCAUUGCGUCUUUCCUCAACAACUUCAUGGUCCUGUUUAGCGGCAUCGUCUUUGAUCGUUUUGGCACGCUGGUGACCAGACUGCUGGCAAUAAACAUUUACUGCAUUGGAACUGUUCUUGUGGCCGUUUCUAAUGCAAAACUUUCAGUCCUGCUGUUUCCUGCGCUGUCCUGCAUUGCUGUUGGAGGAAUGCUGCUCAUGAUGACAAACUUGCAGGUUGGCAACCUGUUUGCUGCUCAUCGCUCCACCAUCAUCACCCUCUACAGUGGCGCCUUUGACUCCUCUGCAGCGGUGUUUCUCAUCAUCAAGGUUUUGCACCAACAUGGCAUCACUCUGCGCCGCUCCUUUGUCUUUUUGUCCUUCUGCUCCAUCAUACACAUUGUGCGCACCGCCUUGCUGCUGCCCCACACACGCAUCCCCUACCCCGUGCCGCCGUGCUACACCUAUGGGCUGAGUUUGGGGAAAAACAAGUACAACGUGGAGCAGAGGAUGAGGGAUGUACUGCCAAUGUCAAAUGUGUCAAGUGGGAGGAGCAACGCACCUGAGGAUGAGACAGAAGUGAAAGAGUCUGGAAAAGAUUUAGUGAAGAGUUUCCAGAGCUGCGUGCUGUCCUGGUUCUUCGUGUGGAACCUGUUGUGGUUGUCCAUCAUGCAGCUGAGACACUUCAUCUUCAUCGGCACCCUCAACCCCAAGCUGGUCCGACUGGCCAACAAUGACAACCACCUGGUGAGUCACUACACCAACGUCUUCUCCAUAACUCAGCUUUGUGCGGUGCUGUGUGCACCCUGGAACGGACUCUUGCUGGACAGACACAAGGGGAAGCCUCGCGCGCCUGGAGCAACAGAGCAGGAGGCUGACCUGCGCUCCUCCAUUCUGUCGCUGUUCCUGACCUCCCUGCAGUGUCUGCUCUUCUCCGUGUGCGCCUCAGUUCCUUCUCUGCCCGUGCAGUUCUUAACCUUUGCUCUGGAAGUCAUUAAUCGCUCCUUCAUCUACGGGGGAAAUGCAGCCUUCAUUAACAUUGCCUUUCCAAUUUGUCACUUUGGGAAGCUGUAUGGUCUCACCAUGUCUUUGUCAGCAGUCAUCUCUCUGCUUCAGUACCCCUGCUUAGCUCUGUUCAAAGGAGCUCUGGAUGGGGACAAUAUUUAUGCGGACAUGACUCUGAGUCUGGUGACGAUGCUGGGUUUUAUCCAUCCAUUGUACGUCUUCGUGCACUGCUGGAAAUUAGCCCAGGCCAGGAAGAACAGGCAGCCUGUGGCACUGUAACGGCUAGUGAUGUGCGGGGAGAUACUAACGAUACCAGGUCUUCAUGUUCUAAAAUUGACUCUCAAAUCAAAAUGGCCGUACUUUCAGUGCUUCACUCAUUUGUUGCAACGAUUACCGAUGGGGAACGGA